GGUAUUGAUUCUAAUACGGUCAAAUCUCCUCCAUAUUUCACAGCACUCGGUCGGUUUACCCUCAAAGAUCUGAUAUUUACACGUUUGCGAUCCGCGUCUCAACAAACCGUCAUUGCAACUCUAAAACUUCUUCAUACCGUCAUCUCUAAGCAUUGUCGAUAUUCUUUGAAAUUAUUGAACAUCGAAUUGGACGAAAAUGCUACAUGUUUUCCUAGACCAAAUUACUUAUAUGAGGAGCCAUGUGGUGAGACACACGGAUCAAGCUUUACCCAACCAAAAUUAACAACAAUCAGUCAUCAUUUGAAAGAACUUGACCUUUUCUUUUCCUUGAUAUCUGCCAUUGAUCCAACUCAAAACAUGGAAAUUUUUACAAACGGAUAUGAUUCUUAUGUUCGUGACGCAGAAAUGAUUAUAGAGGCGGAUCCGUGUUAUAUUAAUG